GAUAUUUUCGGGGGUCUUCUCAGUCCGUUACAGGCGGUGUAACGAGUGAGAACUCGCCGUAGGUAGAGAUAGUCGCGCACCGAGUCGCUACCGACUCUUUUUUCCUCCUCUCCUCUCUCUCUCUCUCUCUCUCUCUAUCUCCGUGUCUAUCUUUUUCUAUCUCACGCGCUAUUUUAUCUAUACGCUACUCUCGUUUUCUCUUGUGCACGUGGCUCGAUUUCGCUUCUUUUCUUCGUCUUCUCUUUUCCGCGUCUCCAUCGCUCGGUGGCGAUGCGAGUACAAUCGUUACGCGCUGAAAGUGUCGUAGCGGAGCAAAGAGGACCAGCGAGCUGCAAUAAUAAACAACAAUGGAGGAUCUGUACUUUCCUUUCGACGAAGAAAACAACGAUUGGAGGAGCAGGAGAAGCAGCUUGGGCAGGAGGAGCACCUACGGGCAAAGGGACUCGUUCGCCUCGAGCGAGGACCUGUACCGGAUCACGAGUGCCAUGAGCAUCGCCAGACAGUUGGCCACCAACACCAGACUGGUCGUAGAGGAGUCCAGAUGGCCGACGUAUCCCGCAGCGAGCGAUCACUCCGACCGCUACGUGUACGCCAGCGACUGCAAGCUGCUCUUCGACUGGGAGAGGACGCAGCCCGUCGGCCAGACGGUCAGCUUCCGGGUCAAGUUCUACCAGCGAAACGGACUUCCGCAUCCGAUCUGCGACAUGGACAACUUCAACGUGCGCGUGAGCAGGGGCUACACGACGGUGCCCACGACGAUCGAGCUGGGCAGCACCGAUCCGGCCCUGGUCAAUCAGGCGCUGGUCAUGUUCCGGAGCCGCGAGGCCGGCACCUACAGCAUCGAGGCGAAGAUCGGUGCGAAUCACGUGCGCGGCAGUCCGUGCUGCAAGACGUUCCGGGCCCUCGCGGCCGACCCGAAGACGACCAGGUUUCUGCGCACCGGCUCGAUCCUCGUGCUGAUGAAGGGCGCCAACCAGGUGCUGGAAAUAGACGCGCGCGACGAGUUCGACAACGUGUGCGACUACGUCGGCGCGGAUAAGGCGAAAUUGAAGGACUUCGAAGUGCAUGUAAAACAAAUUGAAAAUUUCAGUAAACUCAAAAACGACGAGAAGAAACACGAAGAACAGCCGCAGACGUCGGAACAGAAGCCGGAGCAGAGGAGACUACGCAAGUCGUCCAUGAGGAAGGACGUCCCCGGCAAGCCCGAGCUCGCGUUCGACCGAACGACGCGUCGAGUCGGCCUCGACGUGAGAUUCGACGAGGCCGGCCUGUAUCGGCUCAGCAUCGACCUGAACGGCCAGCAGAUCACCAACGGCGAGUGCGAUAUCCUCGUGCUGCAGGAGUCCGAGUUCAACGAGGUUCGCCGGAACAUGAGUCCAAAGGAUUCCGAGCGGCCCCUGCGCUACGAGGCCAAGCUCCUCGGCUGGGACGGUAAGCGCUACGCGAGAGCCAAGAGUGUGACGUGCUACAUCACGUCGAAGCACCUCACGAUCAAGAAGCCGCUGCUCAGAUACUUCCAGACGACGGUGGCCACCUUCAGGCUCGGACCCUUGACCAAGAUACACUUCCGCAGUCUCGUCAACAGCGGCUCGUCCCGCUUCAGGGAUCACCAGAUCUUCACGAUAGACGACGGCGGCCAGCCCCUCAUGGAGCUGAGCUCGCCCCAGCGCUACGUCAUCGCCGCCACCGCCAUCAGCUACCAGCAGGCCUUCAUCGGCGGCCACGAGUCCUUCGCCAAGAAGACCGACUACUUCUACGGCCGGGUGCGCAAGUACCACGAGCGUCACGGCCGCGAGAAGGUCGAGCUGACGGUGGAGCGCGACAGGCUGCUGCAGACGUCGUUCAAGGCCACCAAGUCCUACCUGAUGAAUCAGUGGUGCGGCCGCUUCGAGAUCGUGUUCCAGGGCGAGCCGGGCAUCGACCGGGGCGGCAUCGGGCGCGAGUGGUGCGAGCUCAUCUGCGCCGAGCUCUUCGAUCCGGACAAUCGGCCGGGUCUGUUCGCGGCGCUGAGCGAGCGGGCCGGCCUCGUGCAUCCCACUACGCACGGCGGAGCCCCCUCCGGCGCCAAGAUGCCGCUCUACGAGUUCGCCGGCCAGAUCGUGGGCAAGUGUCUGUACGAGUCGGCCCAGGUGGGCACCCAACGGAUGCUCGUCCGGGCGCGCUUCACGCACUCGUUUCUGGCCCAGCUGCUGGGGCUGCGCGUCGACUAUCGACACUUCGAGCACGACGACCCGGAGUUCUAUCGCAGCAAGAUCCAGUACAUACUGAACAACGACCUGGACGAGCUCGAGGACGAGCUGUUCUUCGCCGAGGAGGUGUACGGGCCGGAUGGAAAGUUGGACAAGCUGGUGGAGCUGAUUCCCGGCGGUAGGAGCGUGCGCGUGACCAACGAGACGAAGAUCCAGUACGUGCAAGCCCUGGCGGAGCACAGGCUGGCCAACAAAUCGAUCAGGGCCAAGGUGAAGGCGUUUUUGAAGGGCUUGACGAUGCUGAUACCGCACGAUCUGCUCAGGAUCUUCAGCGAGAAAGAACUCGAGCUGCUGAUGUGCGGAGCCGACGAGUACAGCGUGCAGGAGCUGCGCGCCUGCCACGAGGCGAACGGCUACUCGCCCCAGUUCAGGCGCACCCUCGACUGGUUCUGGCAGGCCCUGGAGGGCUUCUCGCGCGACGAGAUGGCCCGCCUGGUGCAGUUCGUCACUGGCAGCUCGCGGCUGCCCGUCGACGGCUUCAAGAGCCUCGAUCCGACCUUCACGAUCGUCGACGUCGGCGGAUACGGACAUCUGCCCACCGCCCACACGUGCGUUAAUCAACUGUGCCUACCCGAGUACAGCUGCUACGAAGAUUUAGAGAGGGCGCUGCUCUACGCCCUGAAGGAGGGCGCCGAAGGUUUUGGAUUGGUUUAAGUGUUCUCCAAUUGUCCUACAGAACCAAAUAAUCUCUAGUCAAAGCAAACGAAAAAAAGAUAAAUUACAACUGACAGCAGUCAGUUGUAUGAAAAUUUUAUGGAUAAAAGAAUCUGAGUAAGAUGUCUUUUUCCUAUUUUUUUUUAUGGAUAUUGUAUGAUUAAUCAAUUUUUAUUGUAAAUGCGAGUGAUCGUGUGAUUUAGUAAAAAAAAAAAUGUCGAUAAUAUUACUUAAGGUACCUGGUGUAAUAUUUCUAACUAUAAGCUUAGGUAUUUAUUUUAAUUUUGGACUCGGUAUGUAGUACAUUUGCUUCUUUCUUUUUCAUUUUUUUUUGCGUUCAAUUUUUUAAUCAAUUAUUAACAAUAUAGCUUAAUUCUAAGCUGUACAUUAAACCUUAAGCUCGGUGAGUGAGACAGGAACUUGAAGUCUCCGGGGACUGAGUCGAUGUUACCGGAUGCUCAGAUGGUGGUUGUGUUGUCACGAAAUUCGUCCUGCGACCGACGAUCGUUCUUCUGUAUAUGUCGUGAUGCGAGUGUUUGUCAAUCGACACACGGUACUCGUGAUGUUAUAGUUAUAUGUAGGCACUAUAGUUAAUUUGAAUGCUCUUCGAUUUAUAAUUGCGAUUUAUAAAUUGGAAUAAUGUUUUAUGUAAGUGUCAUUUCGAUCCGCAAGUAUACCAAACAUGAGUGUUUUUAGGGAGUAAUGCGAGUAUACGUUUGAGCGUUUGCGAUUAAUUGCACGAUAUCCGUAAAAAUUGAAAUUCAAGGGUGAUUUAGGAGAAUUUCAUUCAGAAAAUUGUGACAAAAAUGGGGAGAUGAAUCCUUUCCUGAAAAAAUUCGAAGUAAUUUCUAUUCGAUAAGGUACAAUAAUGGUUUGGUAUGUUCGUUGAGCGCAAUGACACAUAAUAAAUUCUCCCAGAUAUGGGCCGUUUAUUAGAUGCAACGGGUUCAAAGAUACUGAAAUUUAUGGAAAUUAAUUGUUAAAAAAGUAUAACCAGUUUUUGGUAUAUACGCCUAUAUGUCUGCAACGUCUCGAGUGGACAAAACUCAUAUCACGACGGAUAUACUCAGGACGAGUUUCGUCACUGCACAAUCACAAUCGGGGCAUCCGGUGACAUCCGUUCAGUCGCCGGGGGAGUUCAAGUUCCUGGUUCGCUCACCGAAGUAAGCGCACACAUAUAAAUAUGCAGACUCAAUAAUAAUUGUAUUUUAUAGACAAGCUAAAAUGUAAAUAUAGCCGAGAGGCCACCUUUUGCGUGUUCAAAUUAUAAGCGAUUUUACGUCUGUCUUUUUGUUUCAUUAAGAUAGAUGCGAACGAAACCGAUCUCAUGUAAGAAAAAGUAAUGUAAAACUUUUUUUACUCUUAAAAUUAUACAUAUCAAUGUUGUGUUUUGUAAGAGAUAUAAGAAUAAAGACAAAAAAUAUAUACGUAAAA